AUGACACCUUCACAGCCCACUACAGAUGACACCCAGUGCGCCUUAAGAGUGGUUCUGGAGAUCAUAGGAGCCUGUGCAAGCGAACUGCCUCCCUUUUUCCUCAACGCCGUCGCCAUCCGACCCAUUGGCCAACUGAAGAUGCUCCCUUCUGUUAACAUGGGGGGGUGCUGGCUGGAUGUGCUUCCAGAAAGAACUGGGUCACCUGUGCACUGGCUGCUGCUGGUGCACCAGGCACCAUCGAGCUCCAUCGGUUACCGCAGCUCCCCGGGCAGCGGUGUCAGAGCCUCGGCCUGCGGCUACGCACCUGUGUCCGUGCGUCUUCACUGGGAUCAAUUAGCAUUAAAGUUGCACUGCACUCUCUCUUUCCCGCCACAUAGUGUGCACUGGAGGGAUACUGCUGAGCAAAAACAAGCCUGA